AAGAAGAAGAAAACGGAAGAUUCGUCUCGGCUGCAGCGACUGAAGAAUCAGUUCGUGAAGCCGUCGACAACCUUAACGAUAAAUCUCGGAAAUAUCGAUACUAAGCUCAAAGAACAAGCAAGAUAAGACACUGACUUACAAACAUGUGGAACGGACCAGGGCCAGGACCAAGGGGAGGACCACCCUUUCGCAGUGAUCAACGUGGAGAAAUGUUUGGUGGCAGAGAUCGUCCCAUGCCUGAUUAUAGAAGUAGAGAUGCGAUGAACAUGGGUCAAAUGGGCCCAAGACCUCUAGAUAUGCCACACAUGGAUAUGAGAAGGAUGGAUGGGCCACACAUGAGGGGGCAUGACAUCGACCCACGUGAUAUGCGAGGUAGAGAGCAAAACAGAGAUUUUGGCGGACCUGGAGAAGAUCCAGACUUCAGUGUACGAAGGCAAUAUGAAAUUUCUAUCAGAGACAAACUGAUGAAUGCUUCUGGUUUCCCGGGACAAGGCAGAAACUCAGACAUGGAAGGGAGGGGUAUGCCACCACAGGAACCAAACAACAGAUUUAUGGACAUGAGAGACAGAGAAUCUUUUAAAUAUGACACGCCACCUUUCAACAAUCCUAAUAUAGAUGGAAGAAGAGGGUUUCCCAUGGAGCGGAAUGAAGGAUUUAGGGACAUGCGUGAAAGGCCCCCAAAAGGCGAUGAAGGCAACGAUGGUUAUGAUAUGGACUUACCGCCACAUGAAAGGAGAAUGAUGGACACUGACAGAAGAGAAGGGCCCCCUUUCAAUCCAAGAGGCGGAUUUGAUUCUGAUAUGGAUUUCAGAAAUCGUUCAGGUCCAUCAGGUGAAUUUAGAGGUAGGGAUCGAUCUCCCUUAAGAUUUGGAAACCGUAAUGUCCCUCCAGUGGACAGGGCAAGACCAGACAUGCCUUCAGAUAUGGCUGGACCUCCAAGAUCAAAGUUUAUGGGAAACGCACCCAGGGAGAGAGAGUUCCCAGAAUCAAGUGGCAGCCCCCUAAUGGACUAUCGAAGUGGUGAAGAGAUGACUCUUGCAGAGGAAUGGAAGAAUCGUCGAAAGGAGAAGAUUCCCCCUUCAGAAAUGGGUAAAGGUAUGGGAGUUGUCCCCGCACCUAGCUUCCCUGUAGGAUUUGGCAGAGAUGUAAAUGUCAGAGAUCCACCACCAUUUCAGGAAAGGGAUAGGCCACCUGUUGAAUUCCCGGGGAAAGGGGUCGGCUUUCCUCGUGUUGACCACUUUCCUGGUAUCAAUCUACUACCAUCAACUGCCAGCAAAGCUCCACAUGUUCAUCCACCCCCGGAAAUAAGUCCCCAUACUGGCCCUCCCGGGAGAGAAAAUGAGAGCAAACAUUGGCUCGGAGAAAGAAACCCAAAGCAUAGUCAGAAUAAAUCAAUUCGUGAUGAAAGGCUUCCUUACCAUCAAGAGAAGAAUCAGCAUUCACAUUUGAUACAGGAGCCAGGUGAUUGUUUUAAAGGGAUGAAAGAUAUCCCACAAAAUCAAGGACAUGUCAGGGGUAAGAUGGGGGAAGAACAUGAUUUUCAAGGCAGCAGCACUGUGCAAGCAAAAGACCAAGACUACAGGGACAUUGAUUACAGAACAGGCCCCGGGAGGUCUUUUGACUACAAACAUGAAGCACUUCCAGUACCAGAGAAACUUCUCAAAGAGUCUAAACCAAUCGCAACUGCCAAGUUUAGUGAGUCCGGUUCUCAGGAUCAAGAUUACAGGAAUGCAUCAGUGGAAGACAAAGUUUCCAACACAAUAUCUAUAAUUGGUAUUCCAAAGACUGCCACUAUGGAGCAGAUUCUUGGUGCCUUUGCAGUCCAUGAUGGUGUGCCAAUGCAGGGGAUGAAAAUCAAAAAUGUUGUGCCAGGUUACAGCUACGAUACGGCCUAUGUGGAGUUUUUAAACCUCGAGGAUGCAGUCCACUUCAUGGAGUCCAACAAGGGAUCCCUAAAGGUUGGCAGUAGAACAACAUCCAUGAAGUUCAUUCAGCCAGAAGAGUGUGAAAGAAGUGUUCAUGAAUCAGAUCACAAAGUACCUCAACUCCAGGAGCCCCAGUUGCCCAGACCAGAUCAGCCUUUAGAGGAGUUGAAGACCAACCUAAACGGGUCCCAACCAAAAGGCCCUAUUGAACCAUUGUCCCUUACCCAGUGGCAGCGUAGCUCUGACCUGACACCUGAGGCCUGGCAGCAGCAGGUGGACCAACUGCUCCAACAACAGGAAACAGAGCAGCAGGUGGAGACCUGGGGCAACCGCAACCUUCCCCAUCACGGUUCACACCAACCUGAGUCUGUCUUUAAGGACAGCAAAACCAUGAUAAUAAAAAAUGUGAAGCCCACGACCACAGUGGAGACCAUCUUGAAGGCCUUGGAUCCCUUUGCUUAUCUGGAUGAAAGAAAUGUUCGCCUAGUCAAAGCCAAGCCACCAGGAUCCAAGUGCUUCUGCUUUGUUGACAUGGACUCCCAUGAGCAAGUGACACGUCUGGUGGAGCUCCUCACCAAACCCAGACCCCUUUAUGUUGAUGGAGUCAGAGUUUAUGCUGAGGUCGCAAAACCUCUGAAGAACCAAAACUUCAAGAGAGAAUUUGACAAACCAAACGGUUCCAUCCUUGGGUUUCCACCUGAUCCCAGCAUGAUGGGGCAGCAGCAUUUCCCACCCCCCCCACAGUUCUUGCAACCUCUGCUGCCACCUCCUGCUGCUGCUGCCGCCGCCGCUGGAUUGCAAGGUGGGGAUCAGGCACAUAAUAUUGGCAUCUUGUUCCCUGAGCCCUGUUGUGAACAGUAUUUCUACAACGCUAUAUCCCAAGAGUACUUGUACUGGGAUGCUGCAUCAAAGUCCUACAUCCCAGUCCCAGGAGGGAACCCUGCAGCCACAGCGCCGUUGCCCAUGACCGCUGAAGACCAGGCCAUUCUUUCCAACCCAGCAGCAGACGCUCCUCUGGAGAUGAAAAAAUCCUUGACUCCUAAUCCAGAAGACUCUGCAGCAUUAGUUCCCAGUGCUGAUGACGGCUGUGCGCUGGACCCUGUCCCCACUUCCUCUGCAACUCCUGAGAAGAAAGAUGAUGAUGACUCUAAAAAGGACAACGACAAGCCAAGAAGCAUCGCCGCUGUCAAGAUCAUGAAAGAUAUGGAGCGCUGGGCAAAGAUCCAGAAUCGUCAAAAGGAGACAACAGUCCGUUGUGCAUCGCCGCUGCUGCUGAGUUUCAGAGGAGACGAUGAUAGGAGGCCUUCCAAGACGGCUGACGCUGGUUUUGCUAUCUUCGAGAGGAAGAUAUCGGGUCCGGAUGAUCUUUUUAAGAAACCAAUGGCUCCUCUUAAGAAAGAUGAAAAGUCAAAGCGUUCUAUGGGCUCUCUGAGUAUGCUGGCAUCAGACUAUGCGGCUGGAAGUGAUGAAGAGAUAGAAGAAGAUAGGGAAGACGCAGCCAGAAACAGUCAGGGCCCGUCUGAAGACAAGGACAGCAAGCUGACAGACUGGAAGAAGAUGGCCUGCCUGCUGUGUAGGAGACAGUUCCCCAACAAGGACGCUCUCAUCCGCCACCAGCAGCUCUCGGACCUGCACAAACAAAACAUGGAGAUCCACCUUAAGAUCAAGAGGUCCAAGAAGGAGCUGGAGGCACUGGAGAACCAGGAGAAAGAACUAACUACAAAAGAACCCUCCAGGUCACCAGAGCCGAAGAAAAGGAAACAACACCACCACCAACAGAUGCAGCAUCAUAACUCCUGGGCUGGAGGCUCAAGGGAUAUUCAUAAAGUCAGCGAGAGACCUGGUCUUGGUCUUGGAUCUGAACCUGCCCCGCCACGAAAAAAGAAAGACCCUGUGGUUUGGGACCAUGCCACCUACAAACAGGCGGUUCGCAAGGCCAUGUUUGCACGGUUUAAGGAACUCGAGUGAUCUCAUCUGAACUCAUCCUCAAUUUGAUAUGUGAUUGGGUAAUAUGACACCCUCCCCACCUAAGCAUAAGAACGCCUCUGACGUUGCUCUGCCUCGGACAUUAUUAAACUACAGAACCACCGUUUUCUACAAUGAAUUAAGAUGAAAAUGAUGUGUCAAAAUUAAAUGACAAGACUAUUGUGGAGCUUAAUCAACUGAUACUUCUCAUCCUUAACAAUGGAUGUUGUAUAGAAAAUGUGAAUCUUGCUGUUUAACUAUUUUUGCCCAUGUUUUAUGUGUGGCCUGUGUAGAAUUAUGACAUUUUUCAAUGUGAUUUAUUUCUUUUUUUAUGAUACUGUCACACUGGCCACAAUUACAUUUUGUUUUAAACUCGAGCAAAUAUUUCCUUUUCAUGGGUCGAAGUUUCAAAUGUAUGUCCACAUGUUUAAGUAAAAAAUAUGAUGAAGUAG